UUUCUAUUUCUCAAGUAGUAUGACUCAAGGGUUGGUUAGACGUACUUUCAACGCUUUUGCGCUAUGAUUUCACGAAGUGUUGGUAGAUUUGCGUUUACAGCGCUAAUAGCACAUUUGAUCUAAUCAGCUCAAAUCAGCUGGAGUUUCACCCAUUGGUCGGACCAUAUCACGUGCUCCAUGCAGGAGUUCGUUUGAAGUUAUUUGAAAAUUUGGCCGCCAUAUUGUACGAUGGUCGACAGCAACGAGAAAUGCGUCGAAAUCACCGCGAUAAGAAUGGCUAUGAAUAACACAUCCCAAUUAUCGUGUCUCGAUGAGGAACGCAAAUCUGAGAAGAUCGUCAAACGUAGAUCGUCGGUAUUCCGUAGGCAAAGUGUAUUGUUUGACCGACAGGAAAGUGGCCAUGAAAUACUAAACAGUGGGAUUGGAUUUGUAUCAGGCAAGAAUAAAGAAGAUGCACAAGCUGAUGCUGAAACUUUUAAUCUGGAAAAAUAUAUAGAAAAACUGAAACAGGAGCGAAAGGACUGGCUGCAGGAGUAUAGGAAUCGCAGGAUUCAACGGAAGAACUUAACCAAGCAGAAAGCAAUUGUGGAGAAGCAAAGACAACUUCUUGACAUGAAUAUAUUAACAGAUUCAGAAAGAGCUUUUGUCAAAGCACGUCCCAAUUAUGAAUAUAUCUGCAAUAAUAGUCGGAAACUGCCAGAUUUGGCAUUAAGGAUAUCCAUGCUCAGCCAAUUAGUAUGUAAAUUGGAUAAAAGGUUUAUGGAGAAAAUGGAAAGUAAUAUCUCAAGAGCUACCAAGAAACUUAUAGAAAUGUCAAAACAGAAUUGAAGGUAGAUCUAAUAUAUUUUAAGUAUUACUCAUUAUUAUUACUAUUAUUUGAGUUACAAUUUUAUCAGUAAUGGGAGCUUUUCAUAGUACAAAUAUAAAUAACAUUUAAAUUAAUUAAAUACGACACUACACACUAAGAUUGAUUGUAUAAUACUUAUUGGUGUGAUGAUUGUGUUCAUCCAUGACUCCAUUAGAGAUGAUAUAUAAUAAAUACAAAAUAAUUUACCAAUGUUA